AUGGAGCUUGCAACACACCUGGCCGGUUUUCUUCUCGUCGCCCAAUACGCAACUUAUUUAUCUGUCACGGGAAGCCUUGACCUUUCACACUUUUUGCACCGUUCUGUUGACACCCACCUACCGAAUGAUAAAGCAGUGGAUUGUCGCCAGAAGUUCAAGACCGACGUUUGGACGGGAUGCGAUGAUGUCCUUGCCCAAUUCCAACUGACGCUGAAAGAAUCCAUGCUUGCGAACCCCACCAUCGGGGAUGCAUGUGAUGGUUUCGUGCCUGGGGAGACCUAUUGUGUUGCUUUCAACUUCUCCAAGACGUGCAUCAGAAGUGACUUCGGCGACUGCUGUGGCCUCGAGGGAAAGUGUGGCUCCGGUAAGGAAUUCUAUGGUGACAACUGUCAAGACGGCAACUAUUCAGGCAGUGCAGUAACAACUUCAUCCAUAACAGCGAAACCAUCAGCAACAAAGCCGCCGCUCUCCAUCUCUACAAAUAGGGAUUACGCCUACAAUAGCGGCUUUAUAUGCAAAGGCUCUAAAUUCGGCGACUGCUGCUUAGCUGCCAGCUACUGCAGAGACGAUAAGUAUUAUUGUGGUAAAUAUCUAGGAUGGUAA